AUGAACACGCAGAAUUCGAAGCGAGAGUCCAGUCGAUGCAGACUGAACACGCGGAAUUUCGACGCAUGCGCGAAAUCCCGCAUCGUGGCUGCCCUAGCCGACGAGUUGGUUUUCCCGUCACAAGAAGUUGUGGGCGUCUGGGAGGGUGAGCUGCUCGAUAAAGUCCCUAAACAUGCCCUUUCUCUGUCUGGGUUUCUCAAUGAAGAGGGGACGGCGUUGUUUCUGGACAGAUCGCUCGAAACGCCCGCAUUCCUCAUCUUGCGCCGGGCUCUGGAGGCCAUGAAAUCUGGCCGACGCCUCUUCCUGCACAGCCAGCGCAGAAUGAACAAGCCGAUGAGUGACGCCACAACGCUAGAGAACUCGUCGAAUUCAAGCGCCAGCAACUCCCAGCAUUCAUCUGGGGCCGGGCUGCUCAAAGUUCUUCCGGACCGCGUUGUGUUAUCUCUUGUGGCCGAAAAAACCUGGCAAGAGGAGCAGGAGACGCAACUGCUGCAGGAGCAACAGGAGCAACAGGAGCUACAAUAUGCAAAUCUAAGUUUUGGGGGCUAUCUUGAAUCACAACCAUUGGAGCAGAUGCCUAAAAUUCCGACAGGUUGA